AUGUUUUUCUUAAAAGACUUGUCGCUCAACUUGACGUUGCACCCGUCGUAUUUUGGUCCUCAAAUGGACCUGUAUUUACGGUCCAAACUCCUCAGUGACGUCGAAGGAACUUGUACUGGGCAGUUUGGUUACAUAGUUUGCGUUUUGGAUUGCAUGAACAUCGAUGUGGGCAAGGGAAAAAUCAUACCAGGAAGUGGAAUGGCUGAGUUUGAAGUUAAAUAUCGCGCCGUGGUAUGGAAACCGUUUAAAGGAGAGGUUGUAGAUGCUGUGGUGACCACAGUCAACAAAAUGGGGUUUUUUGCCGAUGUUGGCCCACUUUCGGUGUUUGUAAGUACCCAUUUGAUUCCUUCCGAUAUGAAAUUCAAUCCAUCAGCAAACCCACCAGCAUACGUCAGUCCCGAUGAAAAUAUCGAAAAGGGGUCUAGAGUAAGACUCAAGAUUGUGGGUACGAGAAUGGACGUGAAUGAGAUAUAUGCGAUAGGAAGUAUAAAGGAAGAUUACUUGGGUCCUACGCCGGUUUAA